AUGUUGGUUCUUUAUCGCGUUUGGACGCAUCCAUACCUUUUGGUAGAACAUGUGAAACGUGAACAAUAUAAAUCUCAAAAUUCUAUUGAUGACUUCAUUGAUGAUGACUAUGAUUCAGAGGCAGAAAGUAAUGAUUCUGAUGAUAUUGUCGCUAUGGAUGCAUUAAAUGAUAAUCCCUCUACCUCUUCUGCUAACAAUAAAAAUAACGAGUUUGAAAAUCCUUUAGAAAAUUGGGCAAAAGAUUUAGUUUCUGAAAAGGAUCGAAAUAAUUUUGCUUUGAGCAACAAAUUACUACUACUUAUUGAAAUUAUUAAAAAAUGUGAAAAGAUUGGAGAUAAAUUGUAA